AAAAACGAAAAGAUUUCAAAUUCUACAAAUCAAUAUCAGAUAACAUGAAGCUGCCGCAAGUGUGUUGCAACUGGCGGCUGUCAGUGCUGCCAAUGCUGCUGCUGCUGCUGCUGCAAGUUGUCGAGAGCAACAGCCAAAACAAUAGCCUACGUGUGAAUACUUACCUCAAGGAUGUGAAUGCAACGGCCAUGGCGUUGCCCUCAAUACAGAGCACGGGCAACAUUUGCACGCGCGAGGAGCCGUACGAGGAGCUGCUGCAGGUGCCCGAGGUGCAGCCGGUGCGGGUGCGCACCUCCACCUGGUGCCUGGAGAUACCGCCGCGCUGCCCCUCCUACAAGACGGAAAUGCGCGAGGUGAUGAAGGUGCAGAGAUUAAAUAAAACGCGCACAGUUCGCUUUUGCUGUCAAGGCUAUGAGGGCAAUCUCUCGGAUAGUCAAGCCAGCUGCCGUCCCAUUUGUCGCGGUGGCUGUGGGCGUGGCAAUUGCCUAAUGCCCGACAUAUGCAGCUGCGAGGAGGGCUACACCGGCAAGCACUGCACACAGCGCUGUGAUCAUGAUCGCUGGGGACUCGACUGCAAGAAUCCGUGCCAAUGCCAAAACGAUGCUGUGUGUGAUAAUAAAACGGGAGGAUGCCAUUGCAUAGCCGGUUGGGCUGGACAAUUCUGCGAGCAACCGUGUCCUGUGGGCACCCAUGGCGUCAUGUGCCGCAAAGUCUGCGAGUGCCCAGAGAAGCGCUGUCAUCCGCAGACGGGCGAGUGUCUGGGCCCCGAAAACUUGGAGGCUGUCAAUGUCAAUCAUGUUGUGCUGGAGACUAUCAACUCGACCAUGGCGAAUCUAACGCAUAAUAUCAAUAAUAUUGCCAGGAGCAUUGGCAGCAUGUCCGAGAGCAGCCACGUCCAGGUGACGCCCAGCGCUCUGCCGGAAGUCAUAUUGAUCAAGCAGCCGGUGCAGGAGUCGGCGCACACGCCCAAGAUCAUCCUGCACGAGUCGAGCAAUGCUCUGCUCGAGAAUCUGCACACAGCCGCUGCCGCUGGAGUGCCCACGCCUGAGGUCAUCCAUGUCAUCACAAGUGCAGGCGGCGUUGCCGGGACUCAGGAUCGGGCACCUCAGUUGAAUUUGGCUGGCUUUGCUGCCGGCGAGAGUAAUCCGAGUCGCAGUGCUCACGAUCACGACUCCAGCCUUUUGAGCACUCUGAUCGUUAUGCUGCUCAUGCUGAUGAUCGUCAUCGUAUUGGGCUUCCUCUAUGUCUAUCGGCGUCAGCAUCUGCAGAAGGAGGCCGUCGUCUACAAUGCCAACGGCACGUUCAGCAACGCCCAGCCACAUGGGCAUGGCAAUCCGGAAGUUGUGAUCAGCGACACGGGGAAGAUCUUUCACGGGCCGCUGCCCAAGCCGCCGGCCCUCUUGCCCAACACCAAUCAAACCCAACCGAACGAGGCAUCUUUGCCUGAUAUAUAUGAUACGCCCAGCAACAACUCCUCGAUUACAACUCAGCCCUAUGCCUAUGCGCGCAAGGAGUCUCUCUAUUCGGUCGUUUCGCCCAAGUCACGCAAAGGCAGCCUCGAUUCGCAUCUGUACGAUGAGAUUAGAUACCAUCAACAGCAGCAGCAGCASCACCAUCAUCACCAGCACCACCAGCAUCACCAUCAGCUGCAUCAACAACAUUCACAUCCAUCACACCAACCACAAUCCCAUGCCUCGCAGCCGUCACGUUAUCAGCAUUCAACCACUGCAACUGCAUUUUUGGCACCGCCGCCGCCAAUGCGCCCCAGCAAUGGACAACUGCACCACCAGCAGACAUCCAGCACCACUAACGGCGGCUCACAUGUCUCCCACUUGAUCAUUCCGCCACAGAAUGCCAACUUCCUGCAGGUGCCCAGCCAGAUUGGAGUCCGUAAAAUUGCCCAUUUGACAACGCGAGAAAUGCACAUCAAAUGGAAAUGGAACUGGACUGAACUGCUGCCUCAGCUGAUGCUGAUGCUGCUGGGCUUCGCAGUGGGAUCGGAGCUGUAUGGCGAUAUACGCACAGCACUAGCAUUUGAGUCACUAAGUCUAACGCAGACGAAUCUGUGUCAGCGCGAACUGCCUGCCAUCUUUUUUCAGACUCACAAGAAUCAGCCGGUGCGUGGCAAUGGUUCCAGCAUCUAUUUCCAGCGAAUCGAGCAGUGCUGCGCUGGCUAUCGAACAGAUCCGUAUAGCGGGCAAUGUGUGCCGGAUUGUGGGCUCAAUACGCCGGACAACUGCCGGAACGGCUUCUGCCGCGUCACAGGCCAGUGCGAAUGCUUCCCGGAAUUUGUGCGCAACGAGCAAGGUGCUUGCAUACACACCUGUCCGAUCGCCUGCCAGCACGGACUCUGCUAUCUGAAUGGCACCUGUGUUUGCCAACCGGGCUAUAUUCUGGAUCCGGAGACUCGACUCUUUUGCCGUGCCCGCUGCCCCAAAGGCUGUGGCACGCAUGAGCAGUGCGUGGCGCCCGAUAAAUGCGAGUGCUUGCCGGGCUAUCGACAUAGCCCCGAGCUGGGCUGCCAGCCCAUCUGUGCGCCGGACUGUGGCUACGGGAAAUGCGUGGCGCCCAAUCAAUGCGAAUGCAUUCCGGGCUUCAUCAAGCGGCGACAGCGCAACGUCUGCGAGGCCGAAUGCUAUCUACACUGCGAGAAUGGCUUCUGUGAGUCCCGCUUCAAAUGCAACUGUCGUACGGGCUAUCAAUAUGAUGUGAACACAACCAGCUGCCUGCCAGUUUGCCCGGACGACUGUGGGCGUGGCAAUGGAGUGUGCAUUGCGCCUGGCAUCUGUCGCUGCUUCGAGGGCUACGAACUGCGCGGCAACAGCUGUGAGCCCAAGUGCGAGAGCUCCUGUGGUGACUAUGGCAAAUGUCUGUCGCCCAAUGUCUGCGGCUGUGUUCCAAACGAACAGCACUGUCUGAAUGGCAGCUGCGAUGCCAAUGGCCACUGCGAGUGUCCAGCUGGACAGACGCACUACGUCGGCCAAUGCCUGGAGCCACAACAUAUUGAACGAAAGCUGAGCAGCUGGCAGCAGCGAGCAGAACUCAAUGAGGACAUGAAAUACGAGUUUAAUGCGUUAAUUGGUCGUCUCUUUAAUUGGUCGUAGCUCUUAAAUAACAAAUCAAAAAUG